GCGUCCCGGCAGCCCCUAGAGGGAUGAGGCGGGGUCGGUCGGGCCCUCCUCCCUCAUUCCCUCGGCGGGCAGAGCAGCCCCCUCUCCUGCCCCUCCUCCUCCCUUUCCCACCCCUCGGAGUGGAGCUGCACAUGCGGCUGCUCCCUGCUCCGUCCCGCCCAGCCACCGUCGUGCAGGAACGGGUCCCUGCAGCCCCCAGCCGAUGGCAGGACAGUAGCCGCCUGUCAGGGGUCGUGAAGCGCUGAGGCGGACGCGGCGGUUCCCGGGCCUCAGAGAGUAGGUGUCUCCGGAGGCCAUGGGUUACCCCGAGGUAGAGCGCAGGGAACCCCUGCCCGCGGCAGCGCCACGGGAACGGGGGAGCCAGGGCUGCGGCUGUCGCGGGGCCCCUGCCCGGGCAGGCGAAGGGAACAGCUGCCGGCUCUUCCUGGGUUUCUUUGGCCUCUCGCUGGCCCUCCACCUGCUGACGUUGUGCUGCUACCUAGAGUUGCGCUCCGAGUUGCGGCGGGAACGCGGAGCUGAGUCCCGCCUUGGCGGCCCGGGCACCUCUGGCACCCUGAGCAACCCCGGUGGCCUCGACCCCGACGCUCCCAUCACCCGCCACCUCGGGCGGCCGUCCCCUCAGCAGCAGCCGUUGGAACCGGGCGAAACCACACUCUCCCCUGACUCCCAGGACGGGCACCAGAUGGCCUUAUUGAAUUUCUUCUUCCCUGAUGAAAAGUCAUACUCUGGAGAGGAAAGUAGGCGUGUUCGCCGUAAUAAAAGAAGCAAAAGCAGUGAAGGAGCAGAUGGUCCAGUUAAAAACAAGAAAAAGGGAAAGAAGGCAGGGCCCCCUGGGCCCAAUGGCCCUCCAGGACCACCAGGACCACCAGGACCCCAGGGGCCCCCAGGGAUCCCAGGGAUUCCAGGGAUUCCAGGAACAACUGUCAUGGGACCACCCGGUCCUCCAGGUCCCCCUGGGCCCCAAGGACCUCCUGGCCUCCAGGGACCUUCUGGUGCUGCUGAUAAAGCUGGAACUCGAGAAAACCAGCCAGCUGUGGUGCAUCUACAGGGCCAAGGGUCGGCCAUCCAAGUCAAGAAUGAUCUUUCAGGUGGAGUGCUCAAUGACUGGUCUCGCAUCACCAUGAACCCCAAGGUGUUUAAGCUACAUCCCCGCAGCGGGGAGCUGGAGGUACUGGUGGACGGCACCUACUUCAUCUAUAGUCAGGUAGAAGUAUACUACAUCAACUUCACUGACUUUGCCAGCUAUGAGGUGGUGGUGGAUGAGAAGCCCUUCCUGCAGUGUACCCGUAGCAUCGAGACAGGCAAGACCAACUACAACACUUGCUAUACGGCAGGCGUCUGCCUCCUCAAAGCCCGGCAGAAGAUCGCCGUGAAGAUGGUGCACGCUGACAUCUCUAUCAAUAUGAGCAAGCACACCACCUUUUUUGGGGCCAUCAGGCUGGGCGAAGCCCCUGCCUCGUAGAUUUCCCCCAUCUUGCCCCUGCCCGUGCCCCUGCCCCAGGUGGAGGAGCCGGGACUCCCAGAACCUCUUAAGUGCUGCUGUGGCAUUGCAGUCUCAGAGAGAAGGGCCCCAGUGCUAUUUAUUCCCCAGUGACUCCAGGAUGACAAGGCUGCUUGACUUGCCAGCGUGACCUUGAGCUAACAAGACGCUGGAUGGAGACACAGGGUUUCCAGAAAAGACAACUUUCUCCUUUGGCUCCUCGUUGAAUGGUUCAUGGCCCGACUCUUCUGCCCUAAGAUCCCUGUUGUCAGAGCUGUCAUUGGUUGCACUAAGAAUCAUGGGCAGCAGGCCAGAGAAAGCAAAUGCAUACUCCAGACUCUGCCCGGGGUGACCUCAGACCCCAGGGAGCUGAUGCUCUUCCUCUGGCAGGGGAUGGAGGUGAGGUGGCACAGGAAGCCAGUGUUGUAGCCUAAGGAGCGGGCCUGGGAGGGAAGAGGCAGGUGUUUACUACAGAGAUGGAGGAAGAAACCUGCCAAGGGGCCAUCCCUCCAUGCUGGGAGCUUUCCUGCUGCUCCCUGUUGUGGCCUGCAAGAGAGCUGAAGAACCCUUCGCCGUCAGGCUGAGGGCCCCACUAUGACAGCCUGAUGGGCUCUGGAGAUGGGAAGUCUCGCUACCUUGG